CCCCUCCCCCCGCCGCCGCCCCCCCCCGUCCCAUCCCGCGGCCGCCCCCGGGCCGACGGCCGCCAUGCCCGCCGCCCGCGCGGGCGCCCGGGACGACGAGCCCUCCGUGGCGGCCGCCGCCGAGGGCGUCGGCGAGUACCGCGCGUCGAGGUUUGUGGUGCGCAGGACGCUCGCUUUCUGCUAUUGCGGCGCCUUCCUGUCGCUGGCCGCUCAGGCCGAGGGCCUCUUCGGGUGCGACGGCCCGUGGCCCGCCAAGGCUGGCUCCGUCCUGGCCCGCCUGCCGGGCGGGCUGCCGGCGUCCGCGGCGCUGACCGCCGCAGGGCUGCUGGGCGGCGCCGUCAGCGGAGCGGCCUUUGUGGCGCCGCAGGCGCUCGAGAGGAAGUCGACCCCGCAGGGCCGCAGCGAUCGCCGACCGCGCAGCGAUUGCUGCUUUUAGGAGGAGG